GCCGGGGGUCCGCCGCUCUGAUUGGCCGGGCGGUGGCGGCGCUCGUGUGGCAUCUUGAAGGCGGUCAGGGAGCCUCACUUCGCGCCCAGGACAGGAGAGCGCGGAUCCGACGGCAGUGUUGCUGGCGACCGCGCGGUGGAGAGGCUGGCGGUGCGUGCGCGCGUUCGUGAAAAAACACGAGCGUCGAAAUACACCGAUAAAUAUAGAACAAAAGAACGAAACAAAGUGAUACACUGUAAAUACCAACAAAACAAGCAAUCCUUAGCGCCCAGGACUAAAAACAAAGAAUCGCCACCGAAGAAGAAAAAAAACAAAAACAAAGAAAGAAAAAAGAGCGAGAGAUACAUCACAGAAUGCGCAGAACUUUGGAAAGCCAAUUGUGAAAAGCAGAGAAGGCGAGGAGAGGAAGGGAGAGAAGCCUGCUCUGCCCGCCUGCACCUGCCUGGCGCCGCAAGCACCCGCCUCGCGAGGGAAAUACGGCGAACUCCAUUACUCAGGCACCAGGGCGGGCGUGCGAGUGUCCCGGGCGGACGCACGCGACGGAUCGGUGGCAGAGAGGGAGAGGGAGUGAGGAAGUGAGAGGGAGAAAAAAGGGAGAGGGAGUGAGGAAGUGAGAGGGAGAAAAAGGGAGGAGUGAAGUGAGAGAGGGAGAAAAAAGGGAGAGGGAGUGAGGAAGUAAUAGAGAGAGGGAGAAAAAAGGGAGAGGGAGAGGCAGAGACAAAGUGAGAAAGAGAGUGCGUGCGCGUGGGCGCUCGCUGGUAGCGGGGGCGGAGCGGCCCGCUGCGGGGGAGGCGUAACGCAUGCCCAGGUGGGGAGACUCCGCCGCCGCCGCUGCCUUGGAGGUCGCCGUGGCACCGUCUCCUAGUGCCACGCGACGCCUGGCACCUGCAGCACGCGCGCGACCCGCCCGUGCUCGCCCGCUCGUCGCUGCGCCGUGUGAAGCCGCGACGCACGUGGCGAGAGCCGAGCGAGACUGACGCGCGAUCCCCCGAGGCGCUCCCCGACCACGUGAGCGCCGAGAAGAGACCGUCGUGAAAAAGAAGAAGAGGAGGGACAAAAAAUUAAAAAAAAAAGCUCCCGGGCUCAAGUACUUCACGAAGCCGUGGCGCGCGUGAGGGAUCGAGUGUUCGACGCACCUGUUCUAUCCAAGCAGCGUCCCGGAGGCUGCUCUUAGCGCCCCGGCAGAGACCCCAGCCGGACCCCGCUCCGUGUCAGACGAGUGACGCGUCGGCGGCUAAUUGCACGCGCGCCCCACAGCUCUCCGCUUGUGCCGCUGCAACGCCGGGCGAGGGGGGGCGGCGCCUGCAACAUUACCCGCUGCACCUGCGAAAACAAACUGCGAGAGAACAAGAUCGUCAAAUGCAGUAAGAAGCGAUGCCCGAGUCUCGAAGGGUGUUAUUGGCGUCUCAUGACUCUCCGGAGCGAGUGUUGCCAGGAGUGCAAAGGCUGCGUGCACCAUGGAACCACCUACAAACACGGCUCCAUGUGGUCUGACGGGUGCCAGCAUUACGAGUGCCAGUCGGGCGUGCUGACAGUCUCCCACAAGCACUGCCAUGUCCCGUGCUACACCCCCCUCCCCCCUCUCGGCUCUGGAUGCUGUCCGAGAUGUGAAGGCUGUUGGCUGGAAGGUCGUCGCGUGCCCGAGGGUGAAGUCGUGACCUCCAAGAUCGACCCUUGCGUGCGUUGCGUGUGCUUCGACGGCAAACUCACGUGCGAGAAGAGGUCGUGCCCGGUCCUCUCCUGCCCCGAGACCAGGCAGGUCCUGUCUCAUGACGGCUGCUGCAUGACCUGUAGGGGGUCGCGCCCGAUGAUCACCCCGCCGGGCGGCCGCUGCUUCCUCACGGGCUACCUGUACAUGAGCGGCGCCGAGCGCUCGGUGGACCCCUGCACGACCUGCACGUGCUCCGAGGGCUUCAUCACGUGCGAGCGGCGCACGUGCCCGGUGCUCAACUGCUCGCAGGAGUUCCAGGUGACCCACGAGAACGAGUGCUGCCCCUCCUGCAGCGCCGCCGCCCAGCUGGAGAGCGUCUGCCACGAGUUCGGAACCAUCUACAGGGACGGCGACACGUGGCAGCUCGACAAGUGCACGUCGUGCUCGUGCGACGACGGCAAGGUCACGUGCCACGUGCUGCCCUGCGAAUACUACAACAAGCCGUGCCCGCCGGGGUACAGGCGCGUGGAGUCGGACAGCGAGUGUUGCCCCAGGUGCGAGAAGGCCCCCGGGGUCUGCGUGGUCUUCGGCGACCCCCACUACAGGACCUUUGACGGCCUCCUCUUCAACUUCCAGGGCGCUUGCAAAUACUGGCUUGCGAAGACUUGCAAAGGGCAAGAUUUCAGCCUCAAAGUGAUCAAUGACGCGAGGAGGUCGUCCCACUUCUCCUGGACCAAGAGCCUGUCCUUCAAAGUGCCCGGCGCGAAGGUGACUCUGGGCCAAAACCUUCGCGUCAAGAUCAACGGGAAGAAGACGAAGCCGCCCUACACGAUGCCGGGCGUCCUGCAGCUCACCCUCGUGGGCCAGGCCGUGUCCAUCACCACGCCCAAGGGCAUCAACGUGCUGUGGGACGGCGGGAGCUACGUGGAGGUGGAGGUGCCCGUGGCGCUGCGCGGACGCACCUGCGGCCUCUGCGGGAACUUCAACGGCAACGCCACCGACGACCUCACCACCAAGGACGGGCGCCGGGUGGCCACGGCCGACCUCAUGGCCUUGUCGUGGGCCACGGGUAGGGCCAGGAUCUGCUCGCGGAGGAUGAAGGCGCAGCAGGAGGCGCAGAACAAGAGCCUGGGCACGACCCGGUCCCAGCGCCUCACGUGCCCCGUGUCGCGCUCCAAGGCCCUCGGGCGCUGCAGCCUCCUCAACUCCACGUCGUUCCAGCCGUGCCACGCCACCAACGCCGUCGACAAGUACUACGAGUCUUGCAUCCUGGACAUGUGCGAGUGCAGGCCCGGCCGGAGGUGCGAGUGCGACACCCUGCAGGCGUACGCGAGGGUGUGCCAGCGCCUCGGGACGCCCGUGCUCGACUGGCGGAACCAGAGCAAGUGUGGAGGUCUGGAGUGCCCCCGCGGAGCCGAGUACAUGGAGUGCGCGCCCCCCUGCCGCGCCACCUGCAGCAACCCGACGCCGAACCCCAACUGCUACAAGCUCAAGUGCCGCGCGGGCUGCUACUGCCCGCCCCCGUCCGUGCUGCACCGGGGCGCCUGCAUCCCCGUGGAGGAGUGCCCCAAGAGAGGGAAAAAGCGACACAGGAACCGCUGAGGGAACGCACGGGGCCUGGCUGAGGACGGCGCCGCGGGUAUGUCGGGCCUCCCCAUCCUGGUCAGCUGCUGGGGCGCCGAGGCCUCCUCUGCCGGCGGCGCUGGCGGCGGCGAGGCCCCGUGCUCGGCGGCUCGGGAGCCAGGCCCGCCCCAGCGAGCGGUGAUCUUAGCGGUGGUCGGGUCGCAGCUGCUGGCGGUCUGGACGCAGCAUGAACUCGCAUGAGAGGCCUCGGGCUCAGCGUGUAGUGUUUAGGAGCGCCUUGAACCAAACGCCAUUGUUGAGAAAGAAAGAAUGCGAAAGUGUGUUUAUUGAAACUAGCGAUAAGUAGAUGGACCAUUGCAGUUGUCGCCAGGGAAGGGGAACAGAGGGGCAGCCAGACCCAGGAAAGCGCUGGUGGUGAACGACGAUCUCAAUAAUUCUUAGUUUUGUGUUUGAUGGAUAAGUGUUCGUGUAUCUGUCUCUCUGUUCAUGAUAGGCGCUGGCGGCACUCUCCGUGAUCGGCCAUGAACAAUUUUGUACCAUUGUCACUGCCAGGUUUAAGCCGCGUGGUGAAAGGGUGUUGCAAAAUGCCUCGUGCAUUGCCUUCUGCCUGCAGUGCAAGCAGAGGCAGCGAACUGAUGCUCUCUUCUUAUGCUCUUAGUCCAGUGCGUCUCACCGAGUCAUUAGGCGGUUGCAAUGCAAUACAGGGAAGAGGAAAGCAGUGCAAAGCUAGCGUUGUUCGCGCCACGGCGUCGAGAAGCGUGAAUCAGGAAUGGCGUCGAUGGAUCAGCGGAUCAUCGAGACCGAAGGACCUGGAGUGGCAUUGGCUUUGCACGUUGCCGAAGUGUCGUUGACGAAGGGAAUAGAAGGGAAUGCUUGGUAUUUAUUUAACUCGGAUGGCGAUGGUUGACUGAUAGAAAGGAUGGUAGACAAAGCAAGCAACCAUUGUUUUUAAUAACACGAAUAUCACAAUAAUACAAAAAUACAACAAUGGUUUUCUUUUCUAGUAUUAAUAGAGUCAGCUGACCUACAAAAGUUUAAGACCCUUGUCUGCUGACAUUGGUUGUUCACAUUCACUAAAUUAUGUUGUUCACAGGUUGUUCAUUAAGUACCAGUGACAGAACUAAAACAUUGUGAUGAAAAGCAAACAAGCCUAUUAGGUGUAGUGACCCAUUAGAGCCAAUUCAUCAUAAACUCCUUGUAUAGUAUUUUUUUUUUUUUUUUUUUUUUUUUUAAAGAAAGGGUAUUGUUCUUGUCACUUAAAGAGGUAGAGACAGGGAAGCAGCUACGUGAACGAGGCGGCGAAGGAGCUGUUGUUGAAGGACGAGGUGGGAAAAUCCUGUCAGUUUGGAGGAUGACUUCAGCUUCGUGACCUCUUAAAGGUUUCUCCUUGAGAUCCCAAACACUCGCGUCGUGUCCUCGUUGACCUUUUGAGAUUGUUCCUCUUUUUUUUUCUUCUUUGUUUUGUGGAAUAAUGUUUUUUUCUUCCUUAUAGAAAAAACUACAUAGCUUGAUUAUUUCUUAAUUGAUUUUUUUUUCCUGAUUAAGGAGUCAGUUGACCCUUAAACCACAUUAGUGUUGGUGCUUUUAAACCAACACAUUCAAAGGGUAAAAACAAUUAUAAAUCUCAAGGCAGGUUAAAACAAACAAACAAAAUCCCACAUUUCUGUUGUAUUUCCAACUUUUUUUUAUACAUAACUUUAAUUAUAGAAGUACCAAAGAUAUGCUUGUAAUUGUCGAAAUAAUACACUUUUAUUAGUGGAGACAUGCCUAUAUAUGUAUAUAAUAUAUAAAAAAACAACAAAUUACGUAAUCAAUUUUGUUCAGUCACGAGUUGGUUGUCCUGGAGGGAGAAGGAAAAAAAAAAGUUAAAAAAGGGAAAAUAUAAACGCUUGUACACGCUUGGUGCUUAGGGUGAGGUUGUAUGUUAAAAUUAUGAAUUCUUUUUUAGGAUAUAUUUAUUCGUGGAGGUUCAGCAGCUGUGCCUGUUGGGUGAAAUUAGAUACAAAAAAAAAGCGUGCCAUUAUGUGUUGAAAAUAAGAGAAAAUGAUACAUAUUUUGUAAGAGUUGUGAUAAGGGAAAUAUUAGAAGAAAAAAAAUGGAAUUGGAGCAUCUUAGAAGAGAAAGCAGAGAGAAAGGAAACGUUGGAUAGGAGAGAAGGACGAGGUGAAAGACAAAGAGAAAUGGAGGAAGAAGGAGAAGGAGAAAUAGGAAAACGAGACAAUGCGGCCAAUUGACUAAAUGAUAAUAAUAAUAAUAGUAAUAAUAAUAAUGAUAAUAAUAAGGUCCAUUUUUACGAGAAGGUUAAAGAGAAAGAAUCGAAGAGAAGUGAAGUGAUAAACAGAAAAGUGAGAGGAAAAAGAAUAAAGAAGUUUUAUGAAAAGAAAAAAAAGAAGGCAGACGAAAUCAAAACAGAAAUGAGUGAAAGUGAAAAAAAAGAAAAUUAUAGAAAGGGGAAGGGAGAGGAAAAGAGAAGUGAGACAGGAAAGGGAAGACAUGAGGAAAUAGAGAAAAAGAGAACGUGAAGGAAAACAGAAAUCAUAAAGAAAAUAGAGAGAACUGCCCGUGCUGAGUUUGUGCUGCCAAUGGUGAACCGCUUCUCGGUAGAAAACAAAAAACAAAAACAAAACAAAACAAAAAAAAUAAUAAUGCAUAAAUAUAAACGAACAAGCGUGAACUCUUUGAACAAAUACAGACGUAGAAGGUCAUUUUAGGAAAUGAUAACCCAAAGAAAUGUCCAGGUUUUUUCCCAUGUAUGAUCUCUCAAAGGUGUUGCCAAUAUCGCACAGAUGGACGUCUUUUUUUUUUAAAUCUUUGCACAUUCUUUUUGCUGAUGAGAUUGCUCAUGAAAGUUUGAUAUAUGUACUUUGAAAGUACCUUUACUAUAUACCUUUUCUUUCAUUUCUCUUCUAUAAACCGAUCGUAGGGUCAAUAGUAAAGCAUCUUGAAGUCCAGAGUUAGUUGCCGCGCUGUUGAAGUCACACGAAAGUCUCACAAACAGUGCCGGAUGGGAAUACAACUUGCUGCUUAAAAGACAUUUCUAACUAUUUAUAAGUUAACUUCCAUUAGUCGCUUCAUUUACUACGUGUCAGUUCUCAUGUCAUGUUCCAUAAUUACGUAUGUGUUGUACAUCAUGGUACAUAAGAAGGCAAAGAGAAAGAAAUGUGAUGAUGUGUAUUGAGGGAUCGCCUAUGAUACCAUGUGUUAUGUUGCAUGUGCCUUGUGCUAGCUCUCGUCUCUAAUUUUUUUCGAAUGAGACUUGACCAAAUCUCUCGACUGCCUCUGAUAUUAGGUAUAUAAGAUUUUGAACCUUAUGAUGAUGAGGAUUUUUGGAUCUAGGAUAGAACUAAAAAAGUGUAUUUCAAGUUCUUGUUGUUGUUUUGUUGUUAAUUUUUUCUCAGUGUGUAACCCCGCGAAGAACAUGUGAUUGUUAGAAUCUCCAUUAAAAUAACGCUAGUAUUUUUUUUAUCUGUCUUUAGUCUAAAACCGUAGGCUGUUUUUUUUUAUUAUUAGCUGACCUUACUGGAACGCAGCUACAUGUUGUCGCCGAGAGUUCAAAAUGUAAAAGUUGAUCUCAGAAAACCAGAUUUAAGAAAAAAAAUGGAAGCAUGUGAAUAAAAAAAAACAA